UGCAGCUUACUCGGCGUUUCUCAAGUUUCACUUCGGCGCGUGCUCUGCCCUGGCCCCUGUCUGCUUUGUGUUGUCAGGCAGAAAGAAAGACAGGCAGGGUGGCGUGUGUCCUGAAAUACAGGCACCCCCAUCGGCGACCAGAAUAAAACAAUAGCUAGUCAUUUUGCUGUCUGUUCUAAGGUAGUUAGGUAUUACUUAGCUCCGUUUUGCUACAAUGUCGGUGGGAUUGGAGUCUGGAUUCUCGAGCGAGGAGGUCUUAAACAGCCGCUUCCCUCUCCAUCGGGCAUGCAGGGAUGGAGAUGUCGGUGCCUUGUGCUCCCUCCUUCAGUGCACCGCAAACCCGGCUGACCUGACGGUGGAGGACACCUUCUACGGCUGGACGCCCAUACACUGGGGCGCUCAUUUCGGAAAGUUGGAGUGUGUGAUGCGUCUGGUUCAGGUGGGCUGUGGUGUAAAUGCGGUGACCUCCAGGUUUGCACAGACGCCCACCCACAUUGCUGCAUUUGGGGGCCACCCUGAGUGCUUGUUAUGGCUACUCCAAGCUGGUGCAGAUAUUAACAGACAGGACUAUGUGGGCGAGACGCCCAUCCACAAGGCUGCUCGUGCGGGCAGCCUGGAAUGUAUCAACGCUCUCUUGAUUCAGGGAGCGAAAGCUGAUAUGAGGAAUGCCAGUGGGCUGACUGCUGCUGACCUGGCCCACGCCCAGGGAUUCCAGAAGUGCGCUGAGAUUCUCUCCAAUGCCCAGAACUUCCAACAAAACAUGGCUCAGUCCCAUAAUGGGGCUUUUCUGAAUGGCAUGACCCAGAAUGGGGGCCAUGUUCACCCCACUGUCCAGGGGCGCAGCUUCUCGAAUGGUGUGCCCAACAGAAAGAGGUCGUUCGAUGGCAUGGAAGCAAACCCAGUGAAGAAGGCUAGACCUAACGGUCUUAGCAUGCCACCAGAAUUGUUGAAUGGGAAUGGGCCACUGGGUGGUGCUGGAGAGGCCCAGAUGGAAAGCAUGAACAUGGAGUUGGCAGCGACUGUAACCUCAGUGGCAGGUCACAAUCAACCACAGCUUCCAUUUGGGUGUGAUCCGGCAGCAGAAACACACCACGGCCAACUCAACUACAGUGACUCACCUGAGAACAACAGCACUACAGUGGAGCACCAGACAUCUGUGAAAGCAGAGCAGUUGUAUGACCAUGCCCUCUUCAGCACCAUGCUUCUUUACCAUGGGUCCUAAAGUAAAAGAUAGUUGGCACGCCAUCCUUUUUGCCUGAAUGUCAUAUAAACCUAAACAAGCAUUAAUUUUCCUUAAAGCCAUUCAGGGGUCCAGUUAUACAUUGAAAUUAUUAUCCAUUUUUGGAAAGGCUGGCCCAUUGUUGUGGAUGAAAUGAAAUUUGUAACUGAUGUGUUUGUGUUGUUAAAAGAGAAAGUGUUUGUUUAGCUUAUUAAAGUUGAUUAAGCUGUAAAUAGCCUUGUUCUAAUAUACACUAAACAUCUGUAUUGAACCACUGGCAAUACUUACUUUUUGUUUCUUUCUCAUUUAGAAGUAGGGUGAGCCCUCACUCUUUAUGUUGAUAAAAGUGCGAGUACAUCCCAUGUUACUCUAAUGAUUAAAAAAAGUUUUGUAAAA